AUGCAAUCUCAAAUUAAUAAGACCUAAAUUCUAGCAAAUGUUAAGAAAUGUCAUAAGAACAUAUCUAAACUUAAUGACAAAUUGUAUAUACUUCAUACACUUAUUAAAAAACAUAAUUUCAAUAUUGAUAAAAAUACAGACAUGAUCAAAUCUAAGGCAAAUGAGAAUCCAGUAGUCAUUAUAAAUGAUGAAACAAGUGUAGAAGUGAUUAUUAAUGAAGAAGAUCCUAAAUAAGAAUAACUUAUUGAUAUUAAAUAGACUGCUCGCAAAUUAAUAUCACGAUUUUAUUAUCAUAUCGAAUAAAAGAUGAAGUAGAGUUCUAUCAAUUAAAUUGAAGCAUUAAAAUAAUUGUGUGAUAAAGAAUACUAAAAUGAUCUAUUUGAUAAGCUUCAUAAAGGAUUUUUUAAGUUAUAUUUUUAAUAAGAUUUAAAAUGUAAGGAAUGUCAACAAAUCAUAAAAGAUUAAUAACAUUGUCUUAAUCAUAUUAGAAAUGAACAUUUAACUGAUCUAGAAAUUUAUAUCUGUAUUAAAUGUAAAUUGUCUUUCUCUAAAGGAGACAAAUUAGAAAAACAUAUAUUAUAAGCACAUAAUAAUUAUGGAUAAUUGACACAAAAAGAAUCUAAAGUUGAUGACUAACAAUUAUAAAUCAAAACAUCAAGUAAAAUAAAUAAUUUAUAUUAAAAUUUUCAUCAGAAAUUAGAUUUAAAUAAGAUUGUAGAAAAUAUAUAACCCAAAUCCACCCAUAAGAAAAUAUCUAUGCCCUAAUCAACUAUAAAUAACAAUUAAAUAUCAUCUUCAGAUGAAGUAAAAGAAAGUGGAUCUGUAUUUAAUUAGAUUUAUAUUCCUGUGGAAUUAAAUGGUCUGAAUGCAGAAAAGAAUGAGGAAGAAAAAAAAGAGUUCCACUCUUAUACUACCAAAAGACCUACCAAACUUAAAAUUAAUUUCAUAUAAGUAUAAAAAAAUGAUAAUACAUUAAAUAAGUGA